AUGUCUAAGGUAACCAGGAAACUACCACAGCCCAAUCAGGAUAUGGAGCGACCAACUUCAAGGUCUGAAGAGAGGAAAAAGAUGAAGACUCCCUAUCAACCCAGGUCCAGAGGUGGUGACAAGGUACUGAAGACAACCCUGAAGGUAAAAAAACCCCACCACAGGAGUUCGAGUAAAAAAGUCUCAGAAAAAACUACCAACCCUGUAAGAAAGCCUAAAAAAUCUAGAAGACCACCACUCUUUGGUCACUAUCACAGACUGAAUGAGACACUGAGGCAAGAUGAGCCAGAGCAAGCCCAAGAGAAGCAACAAGAACUUCCUUAA